UUUUAUCUUAUUCAGUUAUUUUUAUUUAUUUUGUUGUUUUUGCCUGCGGGGGUCGCCCUUCUGCUCUCCGCCUCGUUUGUGUUUCCUGGGCUUCCGUAGUUUAUUCCAGCCCUCGUAGCUCCUCUGACCCCCCCUUUUCCCUCAGAGCGUUGUUCCGCACUGCUGUGGAGCUGGAGUGCAGGGAGAAGGAGUUGAAGAAGUUGUUAAUUUGUUUUCCCUUCUUCCCCCAGGCAGUCUGUUGGAGCUUGCAGGAAACCGCAGAGGGUAAAAAAAAGUCUGCAGGACCAAUAUUGAUUCAGAGGGCUGAUGCACAGAUCAAGUUCACAAUGCAGCUUUACGGAGUUCUGAUCCUGUUUCUCUCAUUCUCUGCAGCAUGUGGAUUGAGAUGCUACACAUGUGUAGCAGCUGAACCUAACUCCUGCACUGAAAUUACAACUUGCCCUGUGCUAUUCAACCGAUGUUCUUCUCUCAAGACAGAUGGACUGGUUACCAAGAGCUGCAUGAUCAGCACAGGAUGCAUUGGUCCCAUAUCGUGCUGUGAAAAGGACUUGUGCAACGGUGCCGUACCAACUGGCCCCGGUGUCACCCUGCUGCUCCUGUCUUCAGCCCUUAUGAUGCUCUUUAUUUAAGGCUCUGAAAUCAUGAUCCUGUUCUGGUUUAUUGCUUGGUUUCUUAACAAUUACUUUGAGGUGACAGCAAACAUGCAGUCAGGACAGACAUACAGCAUUUUUAUUCAUCAUGUAAUACACAUAUGUCUCUUUUAAAAAUGAAACAAUAAAAAUGUAAGAAAUGAAAUAAUAAA